UUCUACGGCUUAAGAGCAAUUGAUCCGUCUUUUUCCUUGCACAAGAAACGAGCAAGAGACAAGUUCUGAUUCUGGUCUCCAAUGGCAUCCUCUUCUCUUGUUCGAAUCGCCAUCGUGGGAGACAUCCAUGGCUUCUGGGAUCAAGAUGAAGAUCGAAAGGCUCUUCAGCUACUACAGCCGCAAUUGGUGCUCUUCACAGGUGAUUUUGGUGAGAGGGUGAAUGCGCCACUUGUGCGGAGCGUUGCUGCUCUUCCUUUCCCUAAAGCUGUUAUAUUGGGCAAUCAUGAUGCUUGGAGCACCGCCCAGGACUCGAAAGAUAAAGAUAACGAUGUUCUUAUGCAACUUGAUAUCCUUGGUGAUGAGCACGUAGGAUAUCAACGCAUGGACUUCCCCUCACUUAAGCUCACUGUUGUUGGUGGUCGCCCCUUUUCACAUGGGGGAGAUAAACUGUUUCAGAAAAAACUGCUUGCCCAGAGGUAUGGAGUUCGUAACAUGAAUGCCAGUGCUGGGAGUAUUUGUCGAGCUGCACUUGGAACACCGAAAGAUCAUGGGGUUAUAAUUCUUGCGCAUAACGGGCCAACAGGUCUUGGUUCUCAGGCAGAGGAUAUAUGUGGAAAAGACUGGUCUGUCGAAGGCGGUGACCAUGGUGAUCCAGAUCUAGAGCAGGCGUUACGCCAGUUGAAGGAGACGACGGAGUUGUCUGUUCCUUUAGUUGUGUUUGGUCACAUGCACAAGGAGCUUGACGGUGGGAAAGGAAACCGGAAAAUGCUUGUGAAAGAUAGUGACAACAAGAUUGUUUAUCUGAAUGGUGCAAUAGUCCCGAGGGUUAAAGAGACAAAUGAAACACCGGCGGAGUCUGCGAGUGGCGGCACAGUAAGAGCUUUUACAUUGGUGGAGAUUUUAGAUGGAAAGAUCAAGAAAGUAGUAGAAAGUUGGGUACAAGUAACAGGAAAUAUGGCCAAGGUUGUUGAGGAAAUUACAUUGUUCGAGGAUUCAACUUGAUUUAUCAGGGAAACUGUGUUGUUCUCUUGUGUUGUUCAAUUGUCAGCUCAACAAUUAUGCAUCCUUUAAUUCAUUAAUGAUCAGUUUAAUUUAACUA